AUGUACUCUCUAAAUGGAACGAUUUCUGUAGAAAGCUUUGACAAGUUCCUUUCAAACAUUCGCGAGCCGAAGACACAAUGUUCUGCAGCCAAAAUUAAAACAAACAGUUCCUUAAAAAUUGAUGGGUUCCAAAGGAUUCUGCCUGCUGUCGUUUGUGAUCUUGUUCACUGUGACAACUCUGAAAUGCAUGUUCAUUCGCACACCAAAGAAGUAAGCAUUGACAUGCUUCCACGUCUCGACUGGAGAGUUUGGAGCGCAAGUAUUUGUGCUGUACUUGUUAUAAGUUUGUCGGGGCUAAUCGUCGUUGCACUCGUCCCGCUGAUGUCACGAAGGAUCUACAAUGUUGUUACCCAAUUUCUCAUUGCGUUGUCUGUCGGUUCCUUAAUCGGAGAUGCCUUUUUACACCUGAUUCCUCACGCCCUUCUAUCUCAUGGACACUCACACUCACACUCCCAUGAACAUAGCGAUGAAAUGAGCGAACAUGACGCUUUCGUUUGGAAGUCGAUGAUUAUCCUAAUAGGCAUCUAUGGAUUCUUCAUAACAGAGCGUCUUACCAUCCUCUGUCAGAACAGCGCUUCCAAGCGCAAGCUGAGACGCAACUAUAAACUAGCUUCUAACCAGCUCAAAGCAUCAAGCGAAGAAGCCUGUGCAUCCUCACUAACUGCCCCGAUGGCGAACGGUGGCUCUCAGACAAACCAGUCAAGUGAGUCAGCGCGCUGCACCCAGACCAUGGUGCACUCAGCCCAGUGCGGAUCCGCCCGAGGCAGCUGCGCUAACCGCCUGGGUGGCGAGGAGAUCGAAAGUGACAUGACGAAAGCGUCUAGAACAGGGCAACUGUGCAACCGCCCGCCCUCCAGGCCACUAGACAAUGCCCGCUGUUCAGACUUUCUCAGCGGCAAAACCGGUACAACAUCACUGAUAGUCAGUGUCAGUGACUUGCAAUGUUUCGACGAUAGCGGCCGGGCUGAUGCAGCGCCCGGCGAGCUGGCGUUACUGCCAGACCUCGGCGGCGUUCCUAACAGAGCUGUCUCUUGGACCCUUGGCGAGGGUGCAGGUGACCCUUCUAGUAAAAAGACCAGCGGCGAUGAUUCGGAGAAGGUUAGUUGGCACCAAAACGAAGUUCUUCAAGGUCGAGCCGAAUUUCUCCUGAAACCUAUUCGUGUUAAUUCCGCGUUGGUGAAAGCCAGGAGUAGUCACGAGGGUCACAGUCACCGGCAUCACGUGCACGCGCACGGACAUGGCCACCACCACCAUCAUCACGGCCACCACUUUCUUCGUCCUCUACCUCACCUGAAAAAGCCUCACGGCCACCACCACGGACACAGCCACGACCUCAGCUCAGUGAGAGCCAUCGCCUGGACCAUCAUCGCCGGUGAUGGGCUGCAUAAUUUUUGUGAUGGCAUUGCCAUCGGUGCCUCCUUCUCGGAGAGUCUUCAGGGUGGCUUGUCCACUGCGCUGGCAGUUCUAUGCCACGAACUACCUCACGAGCUUGGUGAGUUUAAUUACGUAAAGCCCUCUGGCAACGAUUACGGUGCAGGUGACUUUGCCGUAUUGCUGCAUGCGGGGAUGUCCGUUAAGGCAGCACUAUUCUACAACGCCCUAUCGAGCAUCCUCUGCACAGCAGGCAUGGUGCUGGGUGUUCUUCUGGGCUCUCUACCCUCGGUCAACCUCUGGCUCUUUCUCAUCACCGCUGGCAUGUUUGUCUACAUCGCCCUUGUUGACAUGGUCAGUCGACUUACUCGCCUCACCUACUUCCUUGCGCUCAUGCCCACAAUGCCAGAACUGACAACAAAUCGGUUGGGUGGUCACCGCCGUUGCCACUCCCCCAGCGUUUUGUUCCUUUGGCAAAACAUGGGUAUGCUCAUCGGGGUCGCUGUCAUGCUGGUCAUUGCUAAAUUUGAGACGGUCAUGUGA